GUGUCCCAUCAUCUAUACACGUCAAGAUAGGUUCAACAGCAUAUGGAAAGCAGCGCGUUAUGACAGGCAAGGUAUUUGUCUUGCAGUCUUCGACGAUUAAUAACGUCAGUAGAAUACGUUUGAAAUGGUUUCUGUAAAUAGAAUAUAGGUUGCACAGCUGUGUAAAUAAAACGAGCGCGUCAAGACUUGAGCAAAAAUGGCCCUGAAGUUUUCCUAAAUCGGAUUUAACCUGGAUCAGAAUUUGCCGCAUCGGAUUGUGACUGGAACGCGCUCGGAUCUACCGCCAAAAGCUGUCUUUCUUUAGACCCAACAGUACACAUUUGCUUUGAAAUACAUUUAUUUAAAGUAUUUUUUCCAAGAGUGGAGAAUGCAUCCUGGCAAUUGUCGUAUGAAUGGAGGUGGUGGACUCGAUGCUAUCGGUGGUGGAGACCGCAGCGAAUCCGUAUUUGGGACGAUCACGCUAGAGGAUCUGGAAUCUUUUUCGGAAGACCAGCUGUCAGAUUCGGGCAAUGGAAGUCUGGAAGAGGAGAGUGAGACGAUGGAGGACGAAGGGCAGCAAGACCGAUUGCUGCGCUACUGGCAGGACGCUGCUCGGGGACACCAAGUCGAAGUGCCUCGAGACAUGGCCGAGCCCAUCCAGCAGAUCACCAGCAACAACAACGGACAACACGACCGGGAGCAUGUGCCCUUCACCCUCAUCGCUCAUAAGGAGAAGUGUGGGGACGUGCUUUAUGAGAAGAGACACUAUGAGAAGGCCCACUGGGCGUGCAUCACGGUUCACGAGGACACCUACGAGCAGAGCAUCUGUUACGGUUUCAUGAAGCUCAUGAGAUACAUCUGCCAGCAGAACUCCUCAGGUACCUAUCUGGGUUUGACCAUCCCUAUCCUGACGGUGAUCCGCACGGACGAGAACCACUCGGUCUUGUCUAGUGACGUCACUGUGGCCUACUACCUGCCCACAGAAUACCAAGCCCAGCCACCCCAGCCUUCUGACACUGAAAUAAGCAUUGAGGAAUGGCCUGCCACUAUUGUAUACACAAGGACCUUCGCUGGUGCUACGAACGAGGUGACCAUCAUCAACGAGAUCCGCACCAUGGCGGAAGUGCUCGACUCCCCCGCCAUUUGCGUGAAUGGCUCAUUCAUUGUCGCCGGCUACACAAACCCCGCGGCGGUAAACCGACAGAACGAGAUUUGGUUCCUGGAGCAGCCUUGAGGGCCAGCCUAACCUUGACCUCUCCUCCUGAACUUGACCCACCCAACACCCCGUCCUUAUCUGACCCUACCGAUUCACCCCUAAUGGAAACCCCUUCCCAUUUUAGAGAGAGAAGAGACUUUGGGACUUUGCUGAAAAAAGGUUAUCACCAGUUCUGUGCAAGGCUGCAUCAUUUGGGUCCAUUGAUCCUCUAGAGUCUAAACCUGGAAGAGGAGGGUGGGGGUUCUACUAAGCUAACAUAUGGAAUUGUUUUAAGAUGGUCAUACAAAGGAUCACUUAGAUAUUCGAUUUUAGGACCCAAAAAUAUGAAAUUAUUUGAUGAAACAUUGAAUUUGGCCUUACUGCUAUUAGCCCAUAAACACAUUGAAUUACAGAUUCAUACAAGGAAAAACAUAGUAAAACAUCAACUGGAAGUUUGUUUUGAAGUGUCUGUCUUAUAUCUGAGAUCAGGAAACGGGUUAUAUUUUGACACAUUUAACCCCUUUUUUAGGCACUAAACUACUUCCAUACACACGUGUACAAAACAUUAUGGACACCUUCCUAAUAUUGAGUUGAACCCCGCAGUUUGCCCUCAAAUGCCUCAAAUGCCUCGGAACACGGACUCUACAAGGUGUCAUGGUGUCGAAAGCGUUCCACAGGGAUGCUGGCCCAUGUUGACUCCAAUGCUUCCCACAGUUGUGCCAAGUUGGCAGAUGUCCUUUGGGUGGUGGACCAUUAUUGAUACACACAGGAAACUGUUGAGCGUGAAAAACACAGCAGGUUGUAGUUCCUGACACAAACCGGUGUGCCUGGCACCUACUACUAUACCACUCUCAAAGGCACAAAUCUUUUUGUCUUGCCCAUUCAACCUCAAAUGGCACACAUACACAAUCCCAGUGGUGAAAAAAGUACCCAAUUGUCAUACGAGUAAAAGUAAAGAUACCUUAAUCGAAAAGGACUCAAGUAAAUGUGAGUCACUCAGUAAAAUCUUAAGUCUAAAAGUAUUUGGUUUUAAAUAUCAAAAGUAGAAUGUAAUUGCUAAAAUAUGCUUAAGUAUCAAAAGUUAAAGUAUAAAUCAUUUCAAAUUCCUUAUAUUAAGCAAACCAGACGGCACCAUUUGUAUUACUGAUGAAUAGCCAGGGUCACGCCCCAACAAUUUAUAAAUGAAGCAUGUGUUUAGUGAGUCCACCAUAUCAGAGGCAGUAGGGAUGACCAGCGAUGUUCUCUUGAUAAGUGUGGGAAUUGGACCAUUUUCCUGUUCUGCUAAGCAUUCAAAAUGUAACGAGUACUUUUGGGUGUCAGGGAAAAUGUAUGGAGUAAAAAGUACAUUAUUUUCUUACGGAAUGUAGUGAAGUAAAAUUUGUCAAAUAUGAAUAGUAAUGUACAGAUAGCCCAAACAAAAAAAACUUAAGUAGUACUUUCAAGUAUUUUUACUUAAGUACCUAACACCACUCCACAAUCCAUGUCUCAAGGCUUAAAUCCUUCUUUAACCUGUCUCCUCCCCUUCAUCUACACUAAUCGAAGUGGAUUUAACAAGUGACAUCAAUAAGGGAUCAUAGCUUUCACCUAGAUUCACUUGGUCAGUCUGUCAUGGAAAGAGCAGGUGUCCUUACAUGUGUUGUACACUCAGUGUAUGCUAUAUUUAACUUGCAUUCAUUUUGAGCGCAAAAAUCACCGACGUGUUGGAGUCUCACCUUAGAGGGGUCAUAGUUUGUAGGCCAAACACUAGACCGUGAGAAGAACGAUUUUUCGGGAUGUCUCAUGAUCUGACAAACACCUCUGUGGCGCUGCUGCCACUUUUCACCGCAGCUGCGGAAGGCCGAAUUUGGCGGAUGCGGUGGAUUGAGACGCAGCCCAAGCAAAAGGAUAUUUCUAACGUAAUUUUUAUGUUUUUUUUUUAAGCUAAUUAGAUUUGUGGGGCCGCAGAAACUGACUCAAGGGUUAGCACCUUUUUUGAUAGGCCAACUACUGAUGUUACUCUGCACCUCUGUUUUCUCCUCACAUAGUCUUGACCUCCUCCUAAAGGUGAGGAGCCAAGUGACGUUUACUUGAUAUUUUGUGGAAAGUGGGUGGAUAUCUAAUUCUUGCACCAGUCACUGUAAACCUCAAAGAACUUGAAUCUUUACCAAGCAAUUAACAAUCCUGAACGAUGACACCUAUUCCAGUCAGAGUUAGGUGGGGGGGGGGACCUAAUUGCAAUCUUCACCAUGAUAACUACCAACUUUAGACAAUUUAAUGCGAUAGGAGGGUGGAUUUAUUAGCAAUAAAUAAGUGUAUGUAAAGCAGGCCAUUUUAUUUCUGUCAAGGAAACACUGGAGAUGCAACAUAACGACAUAUAGACAAACACAGAUCUAUAUAAACAUGUAUUGAAUCGGCCAACAGUCAAUGUAUAAACACUAGGGUUGUGCGGUAUCCAGAUUUUCAUAUCGUCAUACAGUCCUUCUCUCAUCCCAGGAUUUAGAGUAUUACCGCCUUAGUACACAAGGGGGCACUAAAACAAUGCCCAUUGUGCGUCUAUUACCAGAAGGCUAACAAAAUUAGCACAAACUAAAAGCGAAUUUCAAUAGCAGCUGCUAGCUAAAUAUGCUAACGAGCGCAAAGACAAGCAAUCCAGCAUCAAAGUUAAACAAGUAUAGGUAGUAGCUACCGAAUGUCUUUUUGUCAGUUUGGACAUUUACGAGCAAAUGUGAACGAGAGACAUUGUGCAAAUGAACAAUGUUUUGAAGCAUGCUUGUCAUAAGGGAGUGGUAUGUGUACAGCGGUGUCUAUGUGGAGUCGCUAGGGCAACGGGUCUGCCUGCUUCGCUCGGAUAAAUAGGCGGCAGGAGUAGACUGACCGAGAAGGUAAAAAAAAAUAAACGCAAGGAAAUCAAGAUACCCAUCCAAAGCUCUUUGACUUCUCAAACACGGCAGAAAGCUAGCACUAUACGAUACCCUGCCCAUUCACUUACUUAGCUAACUAACAAGACAAACCAAAUGCCCAGCUGGACUCACAAGCACUAGCUUUAUCCCAUUGUGCUACUUACAAACAAAAAUGAUUAGCUCAACUGUUCUGGGGAACUACGGUAAAGCUUCAUAAUGUGACAGGUGAAAUGAAGAACACAAUCUGCUUUAUCUCCUAACAUAUUGCACAAGUUGACUGCAGGUAUUAACUUAAAAGAUAUAAAUAUACAAUAAAUAGUUUUGACAGUAUUGAAAAACAAUCGUGGCUUUUUCCAAAUACCCCGCUAUACCGCCAAAGCACUGCGAGAAAGAGAAGGAGAAAAAAAAGCAUUACUACAAACCAAAAUCACUGACCUUUGCUGUAUGACAAUCAAGCAUGCUAUCUGCCGCAUACUACAUUUCUCUAUGAUCAGAGUCAACGCAUUCCUCAUUCUUAAAGCCGGGGUUUCUUCUGCCAUUAAUCCUUGGGCGGGCUGCCUAAAUGUUUUUUCCGGUUGCCUAAGUCCAAACAGUGAAAAAUAUUAUUUGGGGGGGGGAUAACUUUUUGGGCGAUGGAAAAAUGAUUUCAGUAUAAACUUAAACUACUAAAACUAGAUAAUGGACCUAUAUAUUUUUUUAUUUUUGCGAACUAACAAUCACCUAAAGGAAAUAAAAAUGUAAACUAUUAAUUUAGCAGUAUAGAUUUAGUUUUAGAGCAUAAUAACACAUUAGCCAUGGCAAAAUGCAUAGCACUGUAGGAAAUUAGCUUUUAAAAAAGGUAGACUCAGCUAAAUGACAAUGCCACAAGCAGCAGCGCAAAUAUCGCUCUCACAGUCAUACACAGUAUCUGCACAUGUGCACGGGUUCGCUUCACUCUUACAACGUGGGCGCCACGGAACCAAAAGAACGGAAAUGUACCCACUAUGCUGUUUACUUUCUGCAUCUACGUCAUAUCACUAAGUCUACCUUUAAAACUGCAAAAUUCUCUCAGCGGCAUGGCAAAAUGUAGAAUUGCAAGAAAUGUGCUUUAAACUGCAACAUUUCUCAGCUGCAUGGCAAAAUGUGUAGAAUUGCCAGAAAUCAGCUUAAAUGCAAAAAAAAAAUCUGCUAGAUGGGGGGGGGGGGGGCUCAAAUUCUCUGAAAUUCAGCCACACCGACAGCCUGACCGGUCCCCUGCCAUGCCUACCACCUAAGCCUCUUUUUGAUACAGAAAAACCCUGCUUAAAGACAAGCUGUUCAAACUACAGUACAAUAUUACGUAUUUCUGUCUCUUUACAUACUGUUCCAAUCCAGACAUUGCUUUGUGUCAAUGUUGGUGCAAGUUACCUGCCACUGCUGAUGAGAAACAAGUAACAUUGAAAAGAGAGGAAAAGCAUAGAGCAACCUAUCGUAUACACGCACUGAUGUGCUUUGUAUUUUUAUUCUAAGAAAAGUUCAUUGUUUUUUAGUUCACCACAUUAUCUAUACCCAAUUUAACGAAAAUCCAUGAACUCAAAAUACGAUUUUUAGGAGGUAUUUUCUAUCUUCACAAAUAUUUUGUCAUAAAACCAAUGACUAAGUGGAUUGAUUUAACGUCUAAGUGAUCAUCUGUAUCAUCUAUUUUGUUGACUCAACAAUACAUAGAUCGGUCAUUCUUGUUUUAGAGGAGAAUUAGGCCUAUACUGCUUAACACCGGACUAUAUAGUAAAGUAGCUGUGAUGACGCUAGUCACAGACAGUACUGUACGUCAGUACCUUGCCAAAUCAUCACUGUGUGAAGACUUGUUCAGAAGAUCAUCUUUCUCAUUGCCCAGUGUGGGUUAAUGGCCAUUCAUAACCAUUAUUUCACCACAUUCAGCAGCAUGUAAACAGGAUCUCAAUCACUUCAAAUCGCCAAGUCCAGUCUAAAUGUAGUUCUGAGAAAUCGUCGGCCCCAUAAUUUUAUGAUCAGCAUAGUGAUAUAACACGCACCUUUUAACCAAGUUGUUCCAGGGGUGGUUAUUAGGCUAACUGUUUGGCCUUUGCAGCUUUUUACACUAAGCUUGUUGUUUUGCUGGCCGGAAUCAGAUGAUGUAGACACCAAGUAGGAUAUAAUGUUAACGAGCCUAAUGUGCACAGAAUUGGAACAUGCUUAAAGAUUUGAACUCCAUGUCUAACAGACUGGUCAUUUGGGAACAUCCAGUUGGAGUGGAUACAAUUUGGAGGGUUUUGCCAUUUUUUCCCCCCUGUGAUUUGUAAAAGUGUUCUGUACAGUAAACAUUUUUGAGGAAGUGCAACGAUGAGAGCUGUGGAUUUAUUGAUUGUUUUGUUAAAGAAACCAAACAUUAAGAAAUAAAAAAUGGUAUUAAGUC